AUGCCGCACCACCUGGCCCCGACAGAGGUGACAUACCUCUCCAAGUUUGAGCCCUUCACCACAGACCAGUACAUGUUUCCAGAAGCCGAAUCAUGGCAGCUGGGCGAGCUCGAGCAGUUCCAAGUGGACAAUCUCGUGUUCGACGAUAUCAAGAUUGCCGAGAGCAUGUUACACGCUGCACACGCGCCCAGCUCUGUGCACUUUUGGUUCAAAGAGUUUCUGCCGCGAAUCGCAUAUGAAUGGUGCUUCUGGUUUGAUCGCAACGUCACGAGCAUGGAAGUCGACGGGCGCAUGGCCGCUCUCCUCCAGCACAUGCUCUACCGCUUCCACUACCACAUUGUCGACCCCGAGACGCAGACGCGAUACUCGAUGUGGGACCUCUUGGAAAGCGUGCGGGCUGUCCGUGACCGGGUGCACCCGGAAUCGCGGGGCAUGAAGUGGGAGGACGAGUGGGAGUGA